AUGAAGUCACUCUUUUCAAUUCUCGCGGCAUGCACACUCGUUCAAGUACAUGCACUUCAACAUGUACACCCUCGCCAUUUGAGUACUGCUUUGAACAAAGCCAGCCUCCCCGGUUUCAUCCCCGUGUUCUUUGACGAUUUCUCCGGGACUCCCGGAUCACUACCCUCAUCCUCCAACUGGCUGUUCUCGCUCGGGACACAGUACCCAGGCGGCGCGCCGAACUGGGGGAAUAACGAGCACGAAAACUACACCCAGUCUCGCGACAAUAUCCACAUCACUCAAGAGCAGAACCUGGAGAUUAUCCCACGCCUUGAGAAUGGACUGUGGACCUCGGCCAGGAUCGAGACGCAAGAUUCCUCUUUUGCCGCCGCCCCAGGGGGGAGGCUUCUGAUUGAAGCCCGCAUCAAACUCGGGGAUGCGCCAUUGGAGCAGCAGCAGGGCAUAUGGCCGGCAUUCUGGACACUGGGGUCGAGAUUCCGGGGCAAUUAUAGCAAUUGGCCAAUGGUGACUGAAUGGGAUAUUUUGGAAGUUGUGAGCGGGCAGUCGACCAUGUUCUCCACGAUUCAUUGCGGUUACGCUCCGGGAGGACCUUGUAAUGAAUAUGAUGGACUUGGAAAUGGCGGCGUUUCAUUCUCUAGGGGUACCUUUCAUUCUGUUGGGUUUUUGGUGGAUCGGAGUAUGUGUGGCGGGGGCAAGAAUGGCACUUGGCAGGAUGAGACGCUGAAUUGGUAUCUGGACGGCGAGAAGGUUUUCAAUGUCACGGGCGCGACGGUUGGGGAUGAGGAGACUUGGUCUUUGCUAGCGCAUGAGGAACAUUACUUGCUUUUGAAUGUUGCAGUAGGUGGAAAUUGGCCCGGCCCCCCAAAUAAUGCUACCAUUGAUGGGCGAUCUGUUGGCAUGGAGGUUGAGCAUGUCGGUGUUUACAACUCAAUUUAG